CUGGGCAAGGGAAGAUGGCCUGAACUGUCUUCCCUCCACCUGCCCCCCAAACCCAUGGGUGCCCUUUGAAGAACAGGCUGCAAACUCGCCUUUUGACUCUAAUCUUUAAUUUCCGAUGCUUCUCUGGUCGAGUACAGCACUCAACCUGAUGGAGACAGUUUCCAUUUUAAAGAGAGGAGAAAGAUUUCAGGAGUGGGACUCAAGUUGAUCUGCUCAGGUGGAUCCUGAGAGAGCAGCAAGCUAAGCUUCUCAUCUCGGAAGAAGUGGCCGUCCACCAGUCGGCCGGCCAGACCCGUCAUAACAAGAUGGAAGGGUUCCUGAAGGAUGGACAAGGUGCCAGUGCCACAGGUGGAGGAGAGCAGAGCGUCACCCCAGGGUCGUCCUCACUGAGGAUGGUCCUGGUGGGCAGGACAGGCAGCGGGAAGAGCGCCACAGGGAACAGCAUCCUCUGCCAGCCCGCGUUCGAGUCCAAGCUGGGGACCCAGUCCGUGACCAGCACGUGCCAGGGGGCAGCGGGCACGUGGAACGGGAGGGACAUCCUGCUGGUGGACACACCCUCCAUCUUUGAGGCGAAGGCCCAGCACCAAGAGAUGUACAGGGACAUCGGUCACUGCUACCUGCUCUUGGCCCCAGGGCCCCACGUGCUCCUGCUGGUGACCCAGCUGGGGCGCUUCACCGCCCAGGACACAGUGGCCGUGAGGAGGGUGAAGGAGGUCUUUGGGGCAGGGGCCAUGAGACACACGAUCGUCCUCUUCACCCACAAGGAGGACUUGGGGGCCGAGUCCCUGGACGACUACGUGGCCAACACGGACAACCUCAGCCUGAGGAGCCUGGUGCAGGAGUGCGGGCGGAGGUACUGCGCCUUCAACAACCGGGCCCGCGGGGAGGAGCAGCGGCAGCAGGUGGCCGAGCUGAUGGCCGUGGUGGAGAGUCUGCAGAGGGAGCUGGAGGGCGCCUGCCUGGGCAACGAGCUCUUCUUUGAUGCGCAGAUGCUCCAGCGAGGAGGCGGGGCCGGCGCGUGUGAGGAAGACCUCAGGCCCUACCUGGCCAAGGUGCGGCGGCAGGUGGAGAAGCAGAAGCGAGACCUGAGGGAGGCCCGGAGGGGCUGGGUGGCCAGGGUGCCGUGCAGGGUCAGGAACUGGAUGGCUCUGCACUAUGACCUCUGUGUUUGUCUUGUCUGGUGCAGCUUCCUUUUCCUUCUUAUCUUAGUGAUCAUCUGGUAUCACCUUUAAUCCUGUAUGUUCUCCGUGUCACAGUGUUUUCUACAGCAUCAGCUCAUGGGUUCACUGUCCCAUGUCCCACUUGUCACCACAAGACACCGAUUCGCAAAUCGGCAUGGUCUGUAGAGGACAGGCUUUGUUGCCUCUGCGGCCCCUGGUCCCCUUCUCCCUUGUAGCUUCUGGUUUGGGCUCAGCCUCCACCUGUGCUGACGGAGCCCUGUGGCUCAGAGGAAGGGGACACGGGCUCAGCUCCAGGGGCGCCUGGCUGGUCUGCAGACGAUCCCAUCUCUUCUGGAGACUGGUUCUGGACUGGACCUGAGACCCAGUGCAGGCCGAUGAGAAGUGAAUGAAGUCUGCGUAGGUGCGCCAGAAGGUCUCUCCUUUCCCAGGAGAGAGCCACAGAGAGAGACGGGCUCUCUUCUUCCUCUGGGCACUGCUGGGUCUUGGGGCUCCAGCUGCCGUCUUGCUUCCAGCCUGAGGUUGAAGGCAGCGCUGCAGGCAGAGCAGAGACGGGACAAACGCGAGCCCCUGAAUCAAGCAGACCGGAAGCCUGCCUCGCCCCUGGAUUCCCAGGAUGCCAGCCAAUAAAUCCCCUUAUUAUUUAA